CUAGCUUUAUCUCCGUUUAGCUAAGCUAACAUAACUGUAUACUAUAAAGCAGCUUCAUUGUCUGCCAGCUGAAGCAUACCCACGGUAAGCUCCGGGGCAGUGAACAGGCAGUGUGUUAAGGUGUUCGGUUAGCUAGCUUUCGUUACAAUGUCGCUCGCGCUUAGCGGCGCCGCACAAAGGAGCGUUCCACGGUGUUACACAAAGUUAACGGUGUGAGUUAAGUAGCUCUCAGUUAGCUCAGGGUGGCAGCCAGCGGCUCAGCCAGCAGCGUGUUAAAGCCCCUCCACAGACAGCUCUCUUAUUCCAGUCCUCUGCUGGCACUUAACACAGCGACAUAUAACCCAAACUUAAAGCGACGAGAGGCUGCCAGCGCAGCGCCUUCUUCCAUUUCCUUCAAAACGGGACUACCUGCGCCUAUUUCUUCACGUUUGUGCUUGUUUUUUGUUGUUUUUGUUGUUUUUGUUUUUUAACGGCGGAGCUCCAUCACCCGGAGUGUCUGCGCUUUAUCCCCCGAGCAGCCCGAUAAGGGCUGAUGCUUGAGGACAGUGGGGGCUCUCUAAUGAUCCCACCAUUCAUCCGAUGAACCCCCUUAACUCCAUGAAACCCUCCCUGCCUCCCACUCCACAAAGCACUGACGGCCCCUUCCUAAAUGAGCCAGUCUCCUGGCAACCAGGCACCAAUCAACACGCAAGAUCUCUCUCUGUAGUAACCACAGUGUGGGGCGUGACCAAUCCCACACACAGCCAGGUGUUUGGAUCACCCAUGGGCCCUGGAGAGAGUUCUGGUGGUCACAUAAUGCCAGUUGGCAGCCCAGGGAUGGGAGGCAGCAUGGGCUCCCAGUUCAUGGGCCAGCAGUCGUACGGGGACGGCGUGUCUAAAGGCUACGGCCAGCCGGUCAUGUACGGACGACCCAGCACCGCCUACAACCCGGCUUCAGCCUAUGGAGGAAGUUACUCUGGCAACGGCGGAGGCGCGGGCCUGGGCGUCCGCGCUCCCUCCGACUUCACUCAGGCUGCAGCUGCCGCCGUCGCCGCCGCCACAGCCACUGCCACCGCCACGGCAACGGUCGCAGCAAUACAGGAGAAACAGAACCAGGAGCUGAGCUACGGUCAGAUGGGUGGAGCAUCCCCAUACAGCAACCAGUUCCUGUCUCAUUCUGGGCCCCGCGGCCCCCCGGGUAUGAACCACGGCGGGAUGGUCCCUUUGAGACCCGGACUUCCACCUUCCACAGGUGGACUGUAUCCCUCUCACCCCGCGCAGGCCCAGAGGAUGCCCCAGCACACCGGCUUCUCGGGCGGACAGCAGGGCCUCAAGCGACCUUUCCAUUCAGAGGGGUUUCCAGGGCAACAGUACAACUCUGGAGGGAUCUCUGGGUAUUCCAACCAGCCUCUGCAGUACCCUAGUGGUCCACAGCAGAGAUGCGCGCCGUCACCCUCUUACCCGUCCAGUCGGAUGCCUCACAUGGGGCCGUACACAUCUGGAACCCACAACCCAACACAGUUCCCUCCUGGUGCCAGCCAGCCCAAUCCUCCACAGUUUUAUAAGGUGAGGAAUUAUCUGAACAUUGUGCUUCCUGCCUGUGGCUUCCAGUCAGAGCCUUUCAAUGGCCAGGGCAGUCUACCAUCUGGAGCAGCAGGGGGCUACAACGCCUUUACACAGGCUGCAGUCAACGGGCCAGGUCGAGGUGCAGUAAUACCCGGGUACCCCAGCUCCCCAAUGGGAGGGAACCCCACCCCGCCGAUGACACCAGGGAGCUCCAUACCCCCCUACCUCUCCCCAGGCCAGGACACCAAGCCACCCUACCUUCCGCUGGACUCCAAAGCCAACAUCAGCACCCAGCAGCCCUCUACAGGUAACCCUAGCGACGACCUGCGUCUGACCUUCCCCGUCCGAGACGGCGUGGUGUUGGAGCCGUUCCGAUUGGAGCACAACCUGGCUGUCAGCAACCACGCUUUCCAGCUCCGAGACUCGGUCUACAAAACAUUAGUGAUGAGACCAGAUCUGGAGUUGCAGUUCAAAUGUUACCACCAUGAAGACAGGCAGAUGAACACUAACUGGCCCGCCUCUGUGCAGGUCAGCGUUAACGCAACUCCUUUGUCCAUCGAGAGAGGGGACAACAAGACCUCCCACAAGCCCCUGUACCUAAAGCAAGUGUGUCAACCGGGACGCAACACCGUGCAGAUCACGGUGACGGCAUGCUGCUGCUCUCACCUGUUUGUGCUGCAGUUGGUCCACCGGCCGUCGGUCAGGUCCGUCCUGCAGGGCCUGAUGAAGAAGAGGCUGCUGCCAGCUGAGCACUGCAUUACCAAGAUAAAGCGAAACUUCAGUAGCGGCACCAUCCCCGGGACGCCCGGUCUAAACGGAGAGGACGGCGUGGAGCAGACGGCAAUCAAAGUCUCCCUCAAGUGUCCGAUCACAUUCAGACGAAUCCAGCUGCCAGCCAGAGGCCACGACUGCAGGCACAUACAGUGUUUUGACCUGGAGUCUUAUUUACAACUGAACUGUGAAAGAGGGACGUGGCGGUGUCCUGUGUGCAAUAAAACAGCUUUGCUAGAAGGCCUGGAGGUCGACCAGUACAUGCUGGGGAUUCUGGUCUACAUACAGAAUUCUGAUUACGAGGAGAUCACCAUCGACCCGGUGUGCGGCUGGAGGCCUGUGCCGAUCAAACCCGACCUCCACAUAAAGGAGGAGCCCGACGGUCCGGUCCUAAAGCGCUGCCGCACAGUCAGUCCGAGUCACAUGGUCCUGCCGAAUGUGAUGGAAAUGAUCGCGGCCCUGGGACCCGCUUCGUCCCCAUACCAGAGCCUGAGUGCAGGGGGCAGGAACACCCCUGACUACAGCCGGCCAGGAAGCCAGGGAUUCUCUGGACAAACAGGAUUUACAGACUUCCCCAACACACCUGGGACCCCAACACUCGGAGAGUACACCUCCUCCGGACCGCCGCCCCCCCUCCCCUACCAGUCUGAGCAGGCGGCCCACUCUGGAGGAAUGGAGCAUUCGCACAGCAGCAUCCUCCAGCAGCACGUAUCGGGGGUCCACAACAACCAGAGUCUUGGCGAGGCUAACAGCCCGCUAGCACAGAGGAGCUCAGCCACACAGAACUCACGGCUGCAGGGCGAAGGCUCCUUCGGUCUGGGAGGCCCUGGAGGGGAGGGGGCCGAUCACGCUCUGGAUCUUCUUCCAGAGCUGACCAACCCGGACGAGCUGCUGUCGUACCUGGGCCCCCCCGACCUCCCAAACAACAGCAACGACGACCUGCUGGCGCUGUUCGAAAACAACUGACGUGUGGACUGAGCCGAAGAGGGCCGCCCGGGGCACCGUCUGCACACACUUCAGCGUGUGCGUGCAUACCAGUGUUUUUGUUCGUCUCUUGUCUUUUAAGUGUCCUACUGUACUCUGAGGUCCUUUCAGUGCAGUGUGGAGGUGCAUGAAGGAACAUGGUGAGUGAAGAAAAAAUAAAAGAGCCUAACAGGCACCGACUCCACAGGCCAGCAUUUCAAACACAAGCACAAGCCUCAGACUGGGGGCGAGGAGGGCAGGGGGUGUGUACGAUGAAGAUGAUGGAAACUGAAGGAUGCUCACAUUAACUUUACUGUAGCUGCUUCAUGUUGCCAUAUGCAUUUGAAAUAUUUAGUGGAAAGGAGCAGGUUCCCAUCUGGAAGUCGAAGACAGUGCAACCAAACUACAAAAGAAAUCUGCUCAGUAUGACACAGUAGCUGCGUUUCCAGUGACCAUGUAACUGCACAGUUUGACAUUUUGAAUAGAAACACAAAUUUCGAAAACUAAUUUCUUGAUAAAAACGUUUUUGCACUCUGAUGGUUUGGUUUUUGGUCAUAUUGAUGUCAGUUUACUUAGCGAAACAUUUUUUCCGCAUCACACCAGCCUCAUGGAUCAACAACUGGAUGUUGCCACUGGCGCAAACCACGAAGAAGAAGACGACAGGAAGUAGUUGGCAAGUUUUUUUAAUGCGUUAUGUGAACAAACUUAUUGAUGUGUGAUUUUAAUUGCGCUUUUUACUGAAGGGAAACAGCACAAUUGCAAAACAGUUUUUUUGUCGACAUUAGCGGAAUAUUGACAAAGUUUUGCGCACAUUUGUAAUGGAAACACAGCCAGUGUGAUAUCACUUACAUUUGAAGAUUAAAGGUCCUCACACAUACAGAGUCGAGCAAUAUUGUGACAACAUAUAACUGAAAUGUAUCCGUUUAUCAGCCUCACUUUACUAUUGUUUGGUUUUUAUUCCUCUCACUGCCCAAAGUUAGUUGGUGGUCAAACAACAAUUUUUAAAGAUAACAUUAAUGGCUAUUUGGGGAAAAACCUCGUCACAUCUGUAUGUAUGAAGAUCUUUAGUUUUUUUUUAUGGUAUUUCAGAAUAUUUUUAUUUCAUCAAAGACAUAAAAAUCAAAACCAACAUCAUCCCUUUCUCAACCCUUAAAUGAUUUAUUUUUUCGUUUCUCUGAAUAUCAGGAAAUAGAGUAAGAGUUAGGACUGGGAAUCUGAACACAACAAAAAAGUAACUUCCUGGUAUUAUUAGUUUAAAUAGAUCUAAGUCAAUACAUUUUAUACUCUGAAUACAAUUUUAAAAAAUCUCUAUAAAUAUAAUUUGCUGCUCCAUUGUAUGUUAAGUUGCAGCUCAGGUUAUCCAGACUGCAUCAGAUUUAGAAUCAGUGUCAGAAACGAAAGCAACAAGAAAGUGCCUUAAAGUGCAGUGCCACUUUUGGCCAACAGUGGGUAGUAUACUACUGAAAGAAAUAUUUUUCUGACAAUUCAUCCACACAUCUGUUCAAAUUGAUCCUAGCUAUCACACAGUGCAGUGAGAUCAGUUUAUUAUUCAGAUUAGUUUAAAAUGUUUUCUAGGGAAACCCAGCACAUUGCAUCGGGUCGUUGGCUUGCAGAAGCAGCAUGUAAACAUCCAAAACAUUCAGCCAAAUCAUCAAAAGCCGUUCACCACACAAAACAAUCUGCCUCUUCUUCUUCUUCUUCUUCCUCCAUCAGCACCUAAAUCCUAAACCUUUGAGAUGGCCCUAAUUGAAAAGCGAAAAGUCUCCGGCAGCAUCAACCACCUCAGCUACUUUCUUGAAUUUCCAUCGUAGGUUGUAUAAAAUCAGUCCAAUAACACUGUUGGUUUUGCUUUCUAUGUCAUUUACUAGGAAAUGAUUCACUAAAACAACAAAAACUGACCAGUUCUGGCGACACUUAGUGCAAUCGCAGCAUCAUUGUUUUCGGAGGUUCACUGUCUGCGACGUGCUUCAGCACUGUGGGAAAAUAAAAAAUUCAAAAUCCCCCACCAUACCAGCACCACCACCGUUCCUUCCCUCUGUCGGGGCUUUCAGAGCUGUGUGUGCGAUGGCCUUUUCUGCCAUUGUAUGUUUUUAAAUGGUUUGACAUGUAUAACCCAUCCAGACGCGGGUUUAUGUACUGUAUAAUCAGCUGUUUUCAUUAGAGAACGUGUGUGUAUCAAAAGAAUUGUUAAUCAUGGUAACUUUGUCAUUAGUUGGAUAAUGGAUCAUUGUUGGCACUGUAUACAUUCUAUAUGUUAGAAAACUAUAAAGCUGUUGUAAAAAAAAAAAAAAAGAAGAAAAAACAUCACACAUAGACACAUGACGCAUGUAUGACAGAAACUAGUCAUCUGACACUAGGUCAGGCAGUGAAACAUGCAACGGUUGGUUCCUAAUUCUACUUUGUAAAGCUGAAGUUUAUUGUUUUUUUUUUGUUUAUGUUUUUUUUUUUCUAUGAUCAGUUUUGCAACCGCACCCUUUGUGGUCCAGCGUUGCCUUAACGAGGUAACUAGAGCAAAAAGGUUCUUUGCCAAUUUGAGCAACAGCGAUAUUAUAUUUGGAAACGAUGGACUAUUUAAACUGCAAAUUUGCUAGAAAGGAAGAAGAAAAAGCUUUUUUAAAUAUGUAAACUACUCCACAUAUUUUGUAGCACAUUGUAAUUGCCAUUAUUUUCUAUUUAUUUUUUAAUCAUAAUCAUCAUUGUACCCACAUUUACUUUGUCUCCCCCUCCCCUCCCACCUCUGAAUCUAAAUUAAAAGUCACUUUAUUUGGCAAA